AUGAGCGCAUUCAGCCACGUCUUAAUCAUUGGAGCUGGUACAUUCGGUGCGACCACAGCUUUGGAACUGGCGCGCUUGGGGCACCAGGUGACGAUUGUGGAUCGCUCGGCAGAUGGCCAUGCAUCUGGUAAUGCAGCUUCGAAUGACUUGAACAAAAUUAUUCGGUCAGACUAUGGCGACCAAUUGUACCGUGAUCUCGGCAAGAAAUGCAUAGCGCUGUGGCGCUCAGAUCCGCUGUAUGCCCCCUUUUACCAUGAGGUGGGCAUUAUUUUCCGCUCGGGCAUGCCAACAGGCCCCCACUCGGUAUGGAUCAAAGAAGGCGUGAAUUUUGCAGGUCAGCCUGUCAUGAAUGCGUACGAAGCAGCGUCCCGCGAAACGCGUCCGCUGGCCCGCACGAUUACGUCAAAUGAAGAGGCCAAGCAUGCCUUCCCAGAAUCCCUGCGCCCCCACCUGGGCGAAGCUUUCACGACCUUUGGUCCUGGUGCGCAGACAGGCUACUUCAAUCCGCAGGCCGGCUGGGCGGAAGCGGGCAACGCGACGUUUGCUGUCCUGGAUGAGGCCAAGAAGCUGGGCGUGAAAGUGGUCUCGGAUGCACUCAUUAGCAAACUUCUAUUUACCCCAGGCUCAAACAACAAGCCCCGUGUGUGCGGUGCUAUCACAAGUGAUGGUCGCGAGUUCCGUGCAGAUAGCGUGGUGAUUGCGGCGGGCAGCUGGACGCCAUCGCUCCUGGAAACAUUGCAGGUGCCGCUGAAAGAAAAAGUGUUGCGUCCUUCGGCGCACUGUGUCGUUACAUUCCAAUUAUUCCCUGAAGUGGCAGAGCUAUUCCGUGGCACGCCUGUGACAUUCAACAUGGAUUCAGGUCUGUACACGUUCGAACCGAAUGCAGAUGGCAUUUUGAAGUGUGCCAUCCACAAGGCUGGAUCGCCGACACCGGACCCGCGUGACUACAACAGCACGGAAUACCCACGUGCAGACGACCAUGAAUACGUUGAGGUAAUGACGAAGGAGCUCAUGACCAUGUACCCUAUCCUUCGCCUCGACGGCCCUAACCCCACAGCGAAGAGACUGUUUACACGCAUCUGCUGGUACUGUGACACGGCGGACGAAAACUUCUUGAUUGAUUUCCACCCCGAUGUGGAUGGUCUUCUGGUUGCUUCAGGUGAUUCAGGUCAUGGCCUGAAGUUUAUGCCGAUGAUCGGUCGCUUGAUUACAUCGCGCUUGCUGCACAUUGACAACAAUUCGAGCAUGGUACCUGAUUACGGUCUUUCAGAGUACCAACGCAAAGUCUUUUCGUACCAGCACCAUGUGCACGCCACCUUGCACGAUGCCAAGCCCAUCGACUCGAUCCGUGUGGGUGGCGAAGUAGUGAAGCCGAAACUGUAA